AUGCCCAUAUUUCAAGAUGACCUCGGUGACGGCCGAGAGAUAUUGCCCAUUCAAAAAUCAAAAAUGACACCUGUUUCAAUGUCACCCCCGGAAAGAAGAACGAUCAUGAGGAAAGAUAGUGAAGAAAGCAUUAGAACGGAACUAUGUGAAGGCCCUACUAUACCGACUUUAGGUUUGGAUACAAGCUUUAAGAACUCAUACAGCGCAGCAUCGGAUAGAGGAGAUCUUAUUGAUAGGUUGAAAAGGGGCGAAAGUUCGAGUUGGUUCCCGAAUUUAAAUUUGGAGUCCCUACUUCACGGCCAAAGCCCGGAAACUCCCAUUCGAAAGACCUCGAAUCAUUCGAAUUCAUCUUCCCUGUUACCAUCUCCCGAAAUAUCCAAUACUACCAGACCCUCGUCGGUAGACAAACCUAGCUUACAAGCUGGUCUAGAGAUUGAACGACCAAGGUCCGCAUUACACAGUGGGAAUUUCACAGAAGGUCCACAACAAACUAUAUCUGGCAGUCCUGCGCAAGACAUGAAGAGAUUUGGCACAGUAAAUCUACCAUGGCUAGCUACAUCUCCACCGCGAAAUUUUACUCCCUUUCAACUCGAUCCUCGGUUCCCAUCAGUGGAUAGGGUUGAAGCAGAUUCAAGAACAAGAACUCGUGCACCGUCGUUAUCCUCUUCAUACUCUUCGAGCUUUGUAUUAAAAGCACCAACAAGCCCUUUGGUACAAUCAGAAAGUAAUGACGACUUAGAUUAUACGUCAAAUUUAAAUCCAAUAGAUAUUUCUCCCGGGACACCUAAAACUAACUCAAGACGUCAUACUUUACAGGCUUCACAUUCUAUAUAUCCAAAUAAUUCUAUACCGGGAUCCACUGCUUUUAACAAGCCUUUGCCGAGUCUCAGGAGAGACAAUACAUAUCCUUACCAAGCUCAUCAACCCCGGAGAUCUCUUGCCUCUAACACAAUGCCCCACUUGACAUCUUCUCCGCAGACACCGAUUUUCUCGCGGUCAAGGAGACCUUCAUUCUCGGAUUUAUCACCUCUGCAUGCUUCGAUGGUGGGAUCAUAUGAAGAGAGUAUCCUUCGGGGACGAAUGUCUACUACACCCUCUAAACCACUCGAUUUUGUUGCUCAAAUAGGGGUGCUGGGGUUCGGAAAGUGCAAACCGAGUCUCAAAUGUCCACCUCAUGUGACCCUAUCAUUUCCGGCAGUAUUUUAUGCCUAUGAAUCCACAAGUCAUGGUCGGAGAGGGAAAUCUGAUGAUGGACCUAGUCCAUAUGUUGGCUGUAUUGAUUUAGAAAAUGGAUUGCCGAGCCCCGAGAAAGCCAAGGAUAAUCAAAAGAGGAGGAGAAAUGCUACGCUUGACCGAAUACAUACGGAUGAUCUCGACGCCAACCCAUCAAGUUCAGGACAAGCCUCAGAACGAGAAAUUCGUAGAGCAGGAAAACAAAAACGCCGAUCCACUUCUCCACGAGCGCCUCCAGGUGGUAGCUAUCGUAUUCCCGAAAAAGGGCAAUUGCAAAUCAUCAUUAAGAACCCUAACAAAACAGCUGUCAAAUUGUUUCUCGUCCCAUAUGAUCUCACUGGAAUGGAACCUGGCACCAAAACGUUUAUCCGUCAACGGAGCUACUCUGCCGGGCCUAUUCUUGAUUCGGCACUUUCAUCUUCGCCUCAUCGAUCCGCACCUAUCAUUGAUCCACUCGCCGAAAGGCCUACUCUUCGCUAUCUCGUUCAUAUUCACAUUUGCUCACCAGCUCGAGGUCGCUACUAUCUCUACAAAAGCAUACGAGUCGUCUUUGCCAAUCGUGUUCCAGAUGGUAAAGAAAAGCUUCACAACGAGAUCACAUUUCCAGAACCAAAAUUCACUACUUAUAAAGCAAUUCGCGAUUCGAGUUUCGGGGGUGCAGGUGCGGCAUUGGCGGCGGAAAAAGCGUUUCGGAGAAGAAGUUCUGGAUUUCCUUUGAGUGGAAAUAGGAAUUUUGAUUUUGGAGGUGAUGAUGGUGCAUCGCAUAGGGGAGUGGUGGGUCCUAUUCCUUUUCAAUUUCCUACGAAGAGGGGUAUGACGGAUGGAGAUAGUGAUAUUGGACCAUUCGAUUUGGAAGCAAGGGAAUCAUUGAAUUCGGAGCAUAAUUCGAGACCGGGUACGGCGUUUGGAGAGGUAGAAAUGGGCGGUAUGAGGAGUGGCAUAGGGACGGGACUAUAUGAGAAAUUGAAGAAAGGCGAUUUGGGUUAUGGCGGUGACGGAUUCUCGUCAACGAGAGUCAAUACUCCCGAUAGAGGGGGGAGACAAUCUCCCGCUGAAGGAUUGCUGGCAACAAGAUUGAGGGAGCUGGGUGUAGGGCUCUCGAUGGGGAUGGCUGGUAUAGAUGAGAGAGAAGGAGAGGGUCCUGAAAGCAAGAAGCUAGGGGGAGAUUCAUAG